GACCCAAAGAUUUCUUGUGGCGACGCYAUGCAGAAUUCAUGAAUAGGCCUCAUAACAAAGGAAAGUGCAGUUCAUCUUUAGUUAGAGAAGUAAGGGAAAUGAGAGCAAAGCCAUGACUGCUGUCACAAAGUCUGCGAUGAGGAAGACCCGAGAUCGGUAUCGAGGCUACCGUUCCAAGARCAACAAAAAUCAUACGCUUGGGAUUAUAAACGUAUUGUUUCUAAUUUGCUUCACCAUAUACCAAUUCAUAUUGUCCAAAUCGAACGGCGGGAGAGAUGCAGUAUCAUCUACUUAUCGAUCAUUUCUGAAGGGAGGACAGUUCCCGAAAGGAUCAGGGAAUUCAGAAUACGAUGGUGAAGGUGCCAUUAGGGGGGACAACCCUGGUCCCGCGUUGAUGAAUAUAAAUGAAGAGUAUCAAGAAAGUCUACACAACAAUGAAUCAGAAUUCGAUGAUGAUCAGGACAGAGCCCCGCAAAUUGAACAAGAACAUGAUCAAUUUUUGAGACAAAACAAAGCGGAAUUUCAGGAAGACCUGGCUGAGGUUCCACAGAUUACAGAAGUGCACGAUCAAAUGUCUCAAGAAAAGAAAAUACAUCCAGAAGAUGAUCGAUUGGAGGUUCCAGAAUUUUUGAAUGGCCGCGAUUCAUUUUCAAAAGAGAACGAAGUGAACUCGGAAGACGAUCCAGCGGAUGUCCCUGAAGUCGUAAACGGCCACGAUCCUUUUCUAGAAGAGAGCGAAGUGAAAUCCGUCAACGACCAARCUGAUAUCCCAGAAAUUGUAAGCGAUCACGAUCCAUUUUCAAAAGAAAAYGAAGUUGAUUUUGAAGAGAACAUAGCUGGGGCUGSAGAAUUUGUACGAGAACACAGUCCAAUUUCUAAAGAAAAUGAAGUGGAAUUGAAAGAUGUAAUAGAACAUAAUCCAUUUUCAAAAGAAAACGAAGUGGUAGUGGAAGACAAUAGCGCUGAUGUGAUAGAGAUUCUAGAAGAGCAUGAGCCAUUAUCGACGCAAAACAAAGUGGAAUUUGAAGACAAUAUAGCUGGGGCUGCUGAGUUUGUACGAGAGCAUAAUCCAUUUUCUAAAGAAAACGAAGUGGUAGUGGCAGACAACAGCGCUGAGRUGCCAGAGUUUCUCAAAGAGCACGACCCAUUUUCGAAAGAAAACGAAGUAGUAUUUGAAGACAAUAUAUCUGGGGCUGCUGAGUUCGUACGAGAGCAUAAUCCAUUUUCGAAAGAAAACGAAGUGGUAGUGGCAGACAACAGCGCUGAGGUGCCAGAGUUUCUCAAAGAGCACGACCCAUUUUCGAAAAAAAACGAAGUAGUAUUUGAAGAUAACAACGCUGAGAUGCCAAAGAUUCUGGAAGAUCAUGACCCAUUUUCGAAAGAAAACGAAGURGUAUUUGAGGACGAAAGUGCUGAGGUGCCAGAUAUUCUGAAAGAGCACAACCCAUUUUCGAAAGAGAAUGAAGUGAUAUUUUCAGGCAAUAACGCUGACGUGCCAAAUAUUUUCAGAGAGCAUGACCCAUUUUCAAAAGAAAAUGAAGUUGUUUUUGAAGAUGUUUUUGAAGAWAAUAGCGCUGGGGCGCAUGACCCRUUUUCAAAAGAAAAUGAAGUGGAUGCAUCGCAAGUCGUUUCGGCAGCGGUCCCGUCUUAUGUCUUUGAUCCUGACCAUCAAAUGUUCCACAACUAUUUCAAAGGAAAAUCAGGGAAGGUUGUCAGAGACAUGUUGAUGGCCCAUGCAUAUAUUUUUCACAAGAAUGCAACUUACGGAGGUUGUUGUGGAACUGCAUCCGCGAAAAUAUCAGCGCACGAGGAUUUGUUGAGUUCUUUGGGACUCAAUGGUCCCUUACGAUUUAGAUGCCCUCGAGACUUCGUUCAUGAUACGAGAACGCGGCGUUCCGUAAUCCCUAAGGAUAAGUAUACAGCCGAAGACACUCGGAUAUGGACACCGGAAUAUGUCGAUUACUUACGUAGUUUAGUCACUUAUCCGGAAAAGAGACAUCAGGGAUAUACUAUUGUUGUCCAUAUGUUACGAGGUAAUACUUCGCCAUGUAAAGAAAAAACUAAUGGGUAUAACAGCUAUCUACCCAACCUCCAUUAUCUGAAAGUGAUUSAAAAGUACAUGCAACCAGGGGCUCGGGUAAUAAUAUAUACGUCAUCGAAGUCUUUCGAGGAUUUGAAUGAAUUUCGAAACCGUGGUUAUGAAGUAAAUACGGGUACGAGUUUGAAGGACACUUGGAAAGACUACGUCACUGCCGAUAUUUUCAUUAUGUCACGGAGUGAUUUCUCCCUUGUUCCAGCGAUGGUAGCAAAAGGGACUGUUGUGUACACUCCCUUUUGGCAUCGCGCACUGCGAAGAUGGAAAAGAGUUGGUAAAUCGAUAAUGAAACAAACUGAAGAAGAAAUAAUACGAUURCAGGAAACAAAAUGUGUCUUUCCUAUCGGUUAAAVUAGGUGAAAAUGACCUGCAAUACACACGCUUGAGUUGCCAUCAACGACGGCAAGACUGCAAAUGGAAACUUAUACGAAAGAACCAGGAUCCUAUUAGAUAUGUCUCGGUGGCAUUCUAUUCUCAAGAACCUCCGCCAUCGUAAAUUAAGGAUGUAUAWACAGMGGUAUUGGCACGUAGGCUACCACAAGUUGAUGCAACUGCGUCGAACUGAGACCAUUUAGAUAUCACAUCGAGAUUCAACGAAUAAAGAUCGAUAUAAAACUGGCAGUUGGUCGCUUACUCUUUCUGAUCUUCAAAAUAAUUUGUAACAAACAGCAGAUGUUCUAAUCUGAAGGUACUUGUUGCGAUGUCCAGUGGUAAACAAUACUAGGUAUUAAACAGUAGGGGUUGAAAGGGGCAAMUGACUGUAGGGUGCGAGCCCACACUUCCUGUUGUAAGGAAUUCUACUGUUUAAGUAAAGAGGGAUAACAGUAUUGCAAUCAUCACUUUGUCUUGUCUUUGUCAUCAUAUAUGUUUCUUCCUCAUCCUCUAUAUCCAAUAAGAAUUUCAUAUACUCAGUGUUAUCUUUCAACUCUUCAUUGCUUUGAGGCUUCCAGUUAGUACUAUCUCUCACUCUUUUGUCAUUUCUUAUUCUAGAGCAGCAGUCGCUCCUUCCAAGCCCAAACCAUUCAUAGUUGUGAUAGUUGCUGUGACAAAACUUCUGGAUGGGAUCUCCAUUAGAAUCCCUCUUCUUUGAAUUGCUUGCGGUGACACACAGAGGRACUUUGCACAGGUUGCACAUACUGUAAGUAUUUCCACCACACAUGUAGCAGAUAUUUUUAUUUCUUGACUUUGUAGGCCCAACUGCCUUUARAUUAUUUGUGUACUCAGUCUGAGUGAAGCAAAAUCUUCCAUUCACCUUGUACUCURCAAUGGUCUGCAAAUUAUGAUAUCCAAGCAACUUACCAUUCUUUAGGAAAGUCKUGGAGGCUUUCCUCCUAGUGGUCUGAUUGCUUCURAACUCUUGUGUUGCUUUUGUACACUGCCUCAGUCUAGUAUCACAGUUAUAUACCUGCUCUAAUCAUUUGCAAAGCAAGCCUUUGUCGGAACUAAUGAUAGCUCAUAACAUUGCYUACCUUCCACUCAYCACCUAGGCUACCAUCAGUACAUUCUUUGUAGAUAUUUUAUGUUGUAGCAAUGGCCAAGGCUUUUGCAUGAUUAAUUGCAGCAUGGUAGUAUUUCCACGAUUUGUAACAGAUGUUGGCUCUGGAGAUGUAUGCAUUGAUAUUGUCCAGUUUUUCAUAAGUAUAAAGAUAAACCUCAUGA